UGGGUGGGUCAGGAGCCCCAUUUCAUGCUCCCUCUGCCGCCCCGGGAUGGAGGGGGUGGGGGGUUACUUCUCUUUUGUCCUCCAACCCAAAUGCAGAUGUGAUUGCCCCCCUGUGUCCCCCUGGUGCGAGCGCCCCCUGACCUGCCCCUCUCUCCCCCUUGCUCUCUCCCCUGCCCAGAUGACCUCAGCCACCAAGGUCUACUACAGCCAGACCACCCAAACUGACAGCCACCCCCUGAUCGGCCCGGCGCUGCGGAAAAGGCGGGUGAUGACCAAAGACGGGCGGAGUAACGUGCGCAUGGAGCACAUCGCGGACAAGCGCUUCCUGUACCUGAAGGACCUCUGGACGACCUUCAUCGACAUGCAGUGGCGCUACAAGCUGGUCCUCUUCUCGGCCUCCUUUGCCGGCACCUGGUUCCUCUUCGGGGUCGUCUGGUACCUGGUGGCCCUCCUCCACGGGGACCUGCUGGAGUUCGACCCUCCCGCCAACCACACGCCCUGCGUCAUGCAGGUCCACACGCUGACGGGGGCCUUCCUCUUCUCCCUGGAGUCCCAGACCACCAUCGGCUACGGCUUCCGCUACAUCAGCGAGGAAUGCCCGCUUGCCAUCGUCCUGCUCAUCAGCCAGCUGGUCCUCACCACCAUCACGGAGAUCUUCAUCACCGGCACCUUCCUGGCCAAGAUCGCCCGGCCCAAAAAGAGGGCGGAGACCAUCAAGUUCAGCCAGAACGCCGUGGUGGCUCAGCAUGACGGCCGGACCUGCCUGAUGAUCCGGGUGGCCAACAUGCGGAAGAGCCUCCUGAUCGGCUGCCAGGUGACGGGGAAGCUGCUGCAGACCUACCUCACCAAGGAAGGGGAGAACGUCCGGCUGAACCAGGUGAACGUGGACUUCCAGGUGGACACGUCCUCCGACAGCCCCUUCCUCAUCUUGCCCCUCACCUUCUACCACGUGGUGAACGAGCGCAGCCCCUUCCGGGACCUGACCCUGCACACGGGGGAAGGCGACUUCGAGCUGGUGGUCAUCCUCAGCGGCACCGUCGAGUCCACCAGCGCCACCUGCCAGGUCCGCACCUCGUACCUGCCGGAGGAGAUCCUGUGGGGCUACGAGUUCACCCCAGUCAUCUCCCUCUCGGCCAGCGGGAAGUACGUGGCCGACUUCAGCAUGUUUGAGCAAGUGAUCAAGGUGGCCCCUCCCCGCUGCCUCCACGAAACACCCCGAUACGGGGACCCCGAGAAGCUGAAGCUGGAGGAGUCCCUCAGGGAGAAGGCGGAGCGGGGGAGCUCCCCGCUGAGCGUGCGGAUCAGCAACGUCUGAGUCUUCCUGGGGGGGACUGGUCUCUCGUAGCUUCUAGGCGUCCAUCGCAGCCUCCCUCCCUCCCCAGCCAGGGUGCCCCCUACUCUCCUGCCAGCCUCUUCAGCUGCAGAGGGGGCAGAGCCCCCCCCCCACAAGAGAAGGCAGCCUUGCUUUUACUCCCCACAGAGGAGCCCCCAACAAAAGGGACUCUUCAUCCCCCCCCCCGCGCUUCUAUUUUGCCCCUUUUCGAAGGCCGAGUGGCUGGGCUGACAAGGGCAGCCGAAUGCACCACCAGGGAGACAGGCCUGGGAGUGGCCGUGGCUGAGGGUCCCCCAAGUGAGGCUUCCGUGGACACAGCUCUGCUCCGGCCACGUCGGGUCAUGGGAUCCUGGCUCUGGGCCUCCAAAAGCUUGGGAUCCCCAAGGCACAGGUGGCUGGAGCCUUGAGGAGGAACUGUGAGGGUCCUGGCCUCUGCACACACACACACACACACACACACACACGCACGCACACACACUCCACAUGAUCACAGCUACAGUUUUUGUGUUGUUACUGUAAACCAUCAAAAUGCUGCACUU